AUGGUACGGGGUGCAUCAACUGGAAAGCGAGAUUUGGCAUUGGAUCAUUUAAAAAAGGGAAUUUCCCAACAUAAUAUAGCUGAAAUGAUAAAUCUACGCUCUUCAACAGUUCAGCACAUAAUUGAACACUUUUUAUAUAAAAAUUGUGUAGAAAAUAUGAGUCAAAAAGCUCCCAAUCAAAUUUUUAAAGUAAAAGAAUCAAGAUGGUUAAUAAACCAAGUUCGAAAAAUACAACAACAAGCGCUCCAAAGUUGGAAAAAUACACGUAAACUGUGGACCACAAAGGAAAUGAAGUGUUUUCUAGAGUGCUACUUGGCACGAAAGGAAGAGUUUAUGGAAACCAGAAAAAAAAGACUUGGAUAUCAACAUGUACUUGAGGACAUGAUAGCACAUGGAAUUGCAGAUGACUUUACUCCAGUCUGCUUAGAAAGAAAAAUGCGCACACUUCUAAGUGCAUUUAAAGCAGCCAAAGAUAACAACAGACGGACUGGUGCAUCGCCAUGCUUACCACCCUACUUGGAGAUGAUGAACGAAAUAUUUGGUGAUAAACCAAUUAUUUCAAAUAAUCACACUGCGACGUUAGGGUUUGACAGCUAUGUUGAAGACAUAGAGGUGCUGGAAGAGUUGGAAAUAAACAUUGUGCAAACGCACGCUGAGCUAUCGCCAACGCAAGAAUCACCAACGGAAGAAUCGCCAACGCAGGAAUCUCCAACGCAGGAAUCGCCGACGCAACAAUCAUCAACGCAGGAAUUGCAAAUGCUGGAAUUGCCACAACCUUCAAAAUUUAACCGCAAAAGAAAAUCUGUGCGUCAAGAAUAUUAUGAUAACAAAUUAUUUGUUAAGAAAAGAAUAGAGGAAGAGAAAUUAAAAUUUUUUAAAGAAACUAUAAAAUAA